AUGGCCGACAUGACCGAGCCCUCCGCGAUUCCUCCGCCAGCAGCCAACGGCGCUCUGCCUGCAGAAGACGCUGCCGGCCAGACAGUGGCUGCCAUUGCUGAGGCGGACAAGAUCUCUGCGGGUAAGCGCGGCUCAGUCGCAAACGAAAUCGCCCUCUACGACCGCCAGAUUCGUCUCUGGGGCGUUCAGGCACAGCAGAAGAUACGCACCGCAAACAUCCUCCUCGUCUGCUUCAAAGCCCUCGCCAAUGAAAUCGCAAAGAACCUCGUCCUUGCAGGCAUUGGCUCCAUCACCCUCGCCGACCACCAAGUCGUGACCGAAGAUGACCUGGGUGCCCAAUUCUUCCUCACCGACGCCGACGUAGGCAAGAACCGCGCUGAAGCAGCUGCCCCCGAGGUCCGCAAGCUCAACCCACGCGUCACCGUCAAGACGCUCACGACGGACAUUCGCAAUGUGCAAGAUCCAAACUUCUACGCCGCCUACGACAUCAUCAUAACCACCGAUAUGGACUUCAUGUCCACCACGGCAGUCAAUGCCGGCGCGCGCAUAGCAAAGAAGCCCUUUUACGCAGGCGCCUCGCACGGCAUGUACGGCUACAUCUUCGCCGACCUCGUCGAGCACCACUUUGUCAUUGAGCGCGAGAAGAGCAACCGCGACACCCAGGUUGGUCCUGAGAGUACGACGCGGAGUGUCAAGGGCGUGCAAGUCAAGAAGGAAAAUGGAAAGGUGGUGGAGCUGGUCAGCAAGCGCGAGGUCUACAGCCCACUCAUGCUAGUCAAAGACAGUCCGCUCCCCGCCGAAAUCGCAAACAACGCGCGGAGACUGAAAAGAGUACACCCGUUACUGACAUGCGUGCGUGCGCUAUGGGAGUACCAACGCAACGGCCACGGCAUCUAUCCCUCGCAUACCCAGCAAGAACUCACGCUGUUUACCACCAUUGCAAACGUAAAGCACCAGGAGCUCUUGCUCCCUACCGACUCUCUCAAGGCUGACGUCCUCCGCAACUUCCUUCAGAACCUCGGCAGCGAGCUAGCACCCGUGACUGCCUUUUUGGGCGGCCAGCUAGCUCAGGAUGUCAUCAACGUCUUGGGUCAGAGGGAACAGCCAAUUCAGAACCUGAUGCUGUUUGAUGGCGAGGACAGUGCAGGGCCUGUAUAUACCCUUCAUCCCAUCUUUCCAGAUACACCGUUGCCGAUCAUCCAGAGCGUUCCCGUUGAGGCGUCUAUCACCGUGCUCUAG